GGCGAUGCUGUAUUUUCACAGAGCAGGUUCUGAAGCUCCGCGCCUGCUGCUCUGGCUUCUGCUCCUCGCAGCCUGGCGGGCAGGGAGCGGCCAGCUGCGCUACUCGGUCCCCGAGGAGGCCAAACACGGCACGUUCGUGGGCCGCAUCGCGCAGGACCUGGGGCUGCAGCUGGCCGAGCUGGUGCCGCGCCUGUUCCGGGUGGCGUCCAGGGGCGGCGCGGACCUGCUGGAGGUGAAUCUGCAGAAUGGCAUCUUGUUCGUGAAUUCUCGGCUGGACCGUGAGGAGCUGUGCGGGCGCAGCGCGGAGUGCAGCGUGCACCUGGAGGUGCUGGUGGAGCGUCCUCUGCAGGUGUUCCACGUGGAGGUGGAGGUGAGGGACAUCAAUGACAAUGCGCCUGUGUUCUCCCGGCCAGAACAGAGAUUGUUUAUUUUAGAGUCAAGGCUGCCAGGUUCUUUGUUUCCAGUGGAGGGCGCAUCGGACUUAGAUAUCGGAGCCAAUGCAGAGCUGAGGUACAAACUAAACUCCAAUGAGUAUUUUGACUUGGAUGUUAAAUCAAAUGAAGAAGGGACCAACAUGUUAAAGCUGGUGUUGAAGAAACCUUUAGAUAGAGAAGAAACCCAAGAACAUCGUUUAUUACUGACUGCAGUGGAUGGAGGGAGACCAGAACUCACAGGUACCGUUCAGUUAUUGGUCAGUGUGCUGGAUGCCAAUGACAAUGCUCCAGAAUUCGAUAAACCUGUUUAUAACAUCAGGCUGUUGGAAAAUACUCCCAAUGGCACAUUAGUGAUUAAACUAAACGCCUCAGAUGCAGAUGAAGGCAUCAAUAAGGAAAUUGACUAUUUCAUUAGUAACCUUGUGCUUGAGGAGGUAAAAUCGAAGUUUGUAAUUAAUUCUGAGAGUGGCGAAAUAAGAGUGAGGGGAGACUUGGACUACGAGGAGUACAAUUUGUAUGAAAUUAAUGUUGAUGCUGUGGAUAGAAGUACAUUUCCACUGACGGGACAUUGCAAAGUAAUAGUGAAACUGCUGGACGUGAAUGACAACACUCCGGAACUGACCAUCACCUCACUUUUCCUGCCUGUCAAAGAGGACGCCCCACAGGGCACCGUCAUCGCCCUCAUCAGCGUGUCCGACCGCGACUCCGGCCCAAACGGACAGGUCACCUGCUCCCUCGAGCCCCACGUGCCCUUCAAGCUGCUGUCCACCUACAAGAACCACUACUCGCUGGUGCUCGACAGCGCCCUGGACCGCGAGAGCGUGUCUGGCUACGACGUGGUGGUGAGAGCGCGCGACGCGGGCUCGCCCCCGCGCUGGGCCAGCGCCAGCGUGCGGGUGGAGGUGGCCGACGUGAACGACAACGCGCCCCAGUUCGCGCAGGCCGAGUACACGGUGUUCGUGAAGGAGAACAACGCGCCGGGCUGCCACAUCUUCACGGUGUCGGCGCAGGACGCGGACGCGCAGGAGAACGCGCGCGUGUGGUACUCGCUGGUGGAGCGUCGCGUGGGCGGGCGUGCGCUGUCGAGCUACGUGUCUGUGCACGGCGAGAGCGGCCGCGUGUACGCGCUGCAGCCGCUGGACCACGAGGAGCUGGAGGUGCUGCGCGUGGAGGUGAGCGCGCGCGACGCGGGCGCGCCUUCGCUGGGCAGCAACGUGACGCUGCAGGUGUUCGUGCUGGACGAGAACGACAACGCGCCCUGGCUGCUGGCGCGCGGCGCGGGCGGGCCUUUGGGGGCGGCUGUGGCUGCGAGCGAGCUGGUGCCGCGGUCGGCGGGCGCGGGCCACGUGGUGACGAAGGUGCGCGCGGUGGACUUGGACGCGGGCUACAACGCGUGGCUGUGGUUCGAGCUGCAGGCGGCGUCUGCGGGCGGCGCGCGCUGCCCGUUCCGCGUGGGCCUGUACACGGGCGAGAUCAGCACGACGCGCGCCCUGGACGAGCUGGACGCUGCGCGCCAGCAGCUGGUGGUGCUGGUGCGGGACCACGGCGAGCCGGCGCUCACGGCCACGGCCACGGUGCUGGUGUCGCUGGUGGACGGCGGUCAGGCGGCGCCGUCGUGGUCGCGGGCGUCAGUGGCGGCGUCCUCGUCGGCGGGCGCGCUGGGUGGUGCGUCGUCGCUGGUGGACGUGAACGUGUACCUGGUGGUGGCGAUCUGCGCGGUGUCGAGCCUGCUGGUGCUGACGCUGGUGGUGUGGGCGGCGGUGCGGUGCUCGUCGGGUGCAGCGUCGGCGGAGGGCGCGUGCGUGUCGGGUCCGGCGGCGGCGGCGGCGGCGGCGCUGGUGUGCUCGAGCGCGGUGGGGAGCUGGUCGUGCUCUCAGCGGAGGCGGCAGCGGGUGUGCUCUGGGGAGGGCCCGCCCAAGGCCGACCUCAUGGCCUUCAGCCCCAGCCUUCCUCAUGGUCCUGCCUCCAGCGAGAACGACAACGUGAGUUUUUAA